AAAAAAAAUGUCUUCGACUACUAUUAUAAGCUUCCUUUUUCUUCUAGCCGUAGCCCUUUUCUUUCUGAAAAUAAAGAAAAAACCCGUCACCGGAAAUAAGCUUCCACCGGGCCCACCGAAGCUUCCGAUCAUAGGCAAUCUUCACCAACUAGGGAAAUUGCCCCACCAAAGCCUCUCGAAUCUCUCCCAUAAAUACGGGCCCGCUAUGCUCUUACAUCUCGGUAGUAUACCAACUUUAGUUAUUUCAUCCGCUGAUUUUGCAAAACAAGUCCUUAAAGAACAAGAUAUUAGCUUUUGUAGCCGGCCAAGAUCACCGGGGCCGAAUAGGAUUUUCUACGGUUUGUCCGAUGUGGCUUUCUCACCGUACGGUGAUUUUUGGCGGAAUACGCGCAAAAUAUUCGUUUCCCAUCUCCUGAAUUCAAAGAGAGCCGAUUCUUUUUCCACUUCAAGGGAGAAAGAAAUCGGUAAUUUAAUCGAUUAUUUAUCCGCGGCGUCGCCAAAUCCGAUAAAUCUCGAUGAGAAGAUUUAUGACUUGGUUGAUGGAGUUAUUGGCACGGUUGCAUUUGGUAGGAGAUAUAGAGGGAAGCAAUUCGAGGGACAAGUGUUGAAAGACGUUAUGGAUGAAGCUAUGCGCAUGUUGGAUAGCUUCUCCGGGGAGGAUUUUUUCCCUCUGGUCGGUCGGAUUGCGGAUUUUUUGACGGGGCACAAAGCGAGGCUCGAUAAUUGCUUUCGUAAACUCGAUGGAUAUUUAGAGACGGUGCUCGAUGAACAUUACAAUCUUGAAAGUACGCGGAAAGGCGACGAUGAUGAAGAAGACCUAGUCGAUGCCUUGAUUAGGUUGUCGAAUCAAGAAAAUGGCCUAAUGAAUCCAUUGAGCAAGGAGCAAAUCAAGGCUAUGUUAAUGAACACAUUUCUUGGAGGAGUAGGCACAAGUUCAAUAGUAAUAGUGUGGGCAAUGUGUGAACUCAUGAGAAAACCAUCAACAAUGCAUAAAGUACAACAAGAAAUAAGAUCCAAUCUUGGAGCAAAGCCAAAAGUUGAAGCUAAUGAUCUUAGUAAGUUCACAUACUUGAAAAUGGUAGUAAAAGAAACCCUAAGGCUCCAUCCACCGGUACCCCUUUUGAUCCCCCGAGAAACCACGCGCACGUGUCAAAUACGCGACGAAAGAAACGGCGAAAUUUACGAUGUCCACCCCAAGACAAGAGUUUUGGUCAACGCUUGGGCGAUAGGGAGAGACGGAAGCUUCUGGAAGAAUCCUGACGAGUUCGAUCCCGAGAGGUUCGACAAAAACGAAGUCGAUUAUAGGGGGCAGCAUUUCGAGUUCGUGCCGUUUGGUGGCGGUAGGAGAAUCUGUCCUGGCAUUAGCAAUUCUAUUGCCACUAUAGAGUUGACUUUGGCCAAUCUCUUGUGUUGGUUUGACUGGAGAGUGGCUGAUGGUGUGAGUGUGGAAGAUGUUGCUGGCUUGGAAGAAGAGGGAGGAGUUACUGUGCACAAGAAAACACACCUCACUCUUGUGCCUAUCAAAUAUAUUUGGAAGUGAAAACGUCGUCGUUUUGGGGGAUUUGGUAGUAUUUGAAUAAAAUUUUUUUAUUUGAAUAAAUUUCAGGUGUAUAAUUAUUAGUCUCUGCGUCUUAUAUUUUAUGUUUUAAUUUAAAAUGGUCUAGUAUUAAAGUUUGUUUGUUGUCUAUUGCAAAUUUAAAUUAUGCAAAAAGUAUAGUUAAUAAUUUUAUUUCCAAAAUGCAAAAAAAAGUAAUAUUUAAA